AUGAUUUCUCCAAAUACAAAAUCAACAUCACCAAUACAAACCAAUAUAAAUGAUUUAAAUAUAAAUGAAGAAAAAAAUAAAGAGCUAAAGUAUUAUGAAAAGGGUGAAAUUAUUUCAAACCCUAUUACAAACUAUCAACCAUUUUUUAGCGUUAGAAACAUAAGUUUCGGUUUUCAAGAAUCCGUACGACUAAAAGCAUUUUUAUCUCAAAAGGAUGUCAUCAGUUUGGGUGCAGGAGAACCAUCACCAGAGUUUUUUCCAUUAAAUGAAAUUAAGUUAAACGUCAAGAAUUUUGAAAAAGAAAUAGUGAUAAAUGGAGAAGAGUUACACUAUAUUCAAUCUUAUUCCAUUGUUCCAGGAUAUUAUAAAUUGGUAAAGUGGUUAACAAAUUUGCAAAGGGAAACUCAUGGAUUACAAAAUGAGAAUACUCCAGGAAGAGAAUGGAACGUUGUACUAACUCAUGGUGCACAAGGAGCAUUAGAUUGUAUUUUUAAGGCUUUAUUUGAUAGAAAUGAUUCAAUUUUAACAGAAAACUUUACAUAUGGUGGUGUUUUUGGUUUUUGCGCACCUCAUGGUGUAAAUUUUGAAGGUAUUGACAUGGAUGAAAGAGGAAUUAUCCCAAAGAAUUUAGAAAAAGUUUUAAAAAAUUGGAAAGAGUUUCAUAAAGGUUUAAAUUUUCCAAAAGCUUUAUAUAUCAUACCAAAUGCCCAAAACCCAACAGCAGCACAGUAUGAUAUUCAAAGAAAAAUAGAGAUAUAUAAUAUUUGUUCAAAGUAUAAUUUAUUAAUUAUUGAAGAUGAUCCACAUAUAUUUUUACAAUUGGAUGGUAAAAAGGAUAUUAAUGGGAGAUUUAUUGGGGAGGAAUCAUUUUUAUCAAUGGAUAUAGAUAAAAGAGUUAUCAGAAUAGACACCUUUAGCAAAUUUCUAACAAGUGGUGUUAGAUUAGGAUUUUUAACAACAUGGAACUUAUUAUAUCGUCAGAUUAGUGCCGAAGUAGGAAACUCUAUCUAUCAUACAAGUAAUUUAGCUCAAAUAGUAAUUUGGAAAAUUUUAGAAUCAUGGGGCAUUCAAGGUUUUUAUUCAUAUGUUAAAAGAAACCAGCAAUUAAUGAUCAAGAAAAGAGAUUUUAUGAAAUCAAUGUUCGAAAAGUAUUUAAAUGGCUUGGUUGAAUACAACAAUCCAAAAGGUGGUCUAUAUUUUUGGGUUAAGCUUUUAGGUGUGGAGUGUUCAAAUACCUUUGUUACAGAGUAUUUAUACCCAAACAAAUUGCUCUUAUGCAUGGGAGUAAACUUUAGUUCAAUUCGUAACCACAAAACCCCAUAUGUCAGAUUCACUUUCUCUUUUGUUCCAGAUGAAGAGGUAGAAAAAUGUUUUGUUAUAAUUAAAGAUGCUUUGUUAAAAAUUAAAGAUAAAUAA